ACAGGUUAAAAAGCAGUGAACUAAACCAACUGAAAUCUACAGCAAAAGCAUCCCUUGAUCAACUUUUGUUUGAAGGCAUGCAAUGGAAGAGAGUCCACAAUCUGGUGAGGUAAAAUAUGACCCACUCUUGAACUGUUCCUACUGUCCAAAAGUUCUUACCCAUGUUGAACUGGAAUCUCCUUUUUGUAAUUUGAAUUCAUUCAUUCAGUCUCUGAACAACAAAAAGCGAACUUGUCUAUCUUCCACGUGACAGCCUUUGAGGUAUCUGGAGACGGCUUCCAUAUCAUAUCAGUCUUCCCUUAUCCAGGCUAAACAUAGUAUCUUGAAAAUGCAUCCUGCACCCAUAACUUCCCACCUCAACCCUUCAAACCAGGUUUAUUGAAAACUUGGAGGGGGAAGACAGUAAUUUAAGAUGUCUGGCAUGUUGGUAGGUUUGCAAGGAUGAUUCAUUAGUGAGAAAAAGGAAGGGGUCAGCCAGCCUUUCUUAUGCUGAGCUGAGCUUCAGGUACAAAGAAGUACUCUGCCUCUCUGCACACCUCUCUGUCCCAGCAUGCAAUUUCUAAGAAGGCGCUAAAAGGUGUCUCUCCAGAAAUGGAGGAUGAGGAGGGCUACGUGGCUCUUAAUGUUUGCACAAGGAAAGGGCGCCAGCUUUACCCAGGAACCCAGGAACCAAAAACCCAGCUGAGCCACCAACGCUGGUGUCAGAUCAUUAUUGGAGCUGGAGGUGUUGUUUUCCUUCUUCUAGCAGGAGCUGCCAUAGCUUUGCGAAUUUUUGCUUUUCAGACGAGGCAAUAUAUAGAUGCUCUGGAGAAACCUUCUGUCUCUCAAGAACUCCGCAAUGGCACACAAGAUAAGACUAGCCUGGAGAAUGUCAUCUCUCACUUGAAACAAUUUUUGUGUAAGCCGCUUCGUAUCAGCUUAACAGAGAGCUUUAAGUGCAAACUUUGCCCACAGAAUUGGUUUCGUUAUGGGAACAAGUGCUACUGGGUCUCGAAAAAACAAGAAACUUGGAAGAAGGGUCAGGAAGACUGCAAAGCAAAAGACUCUCAGAUGCUGGUGGUACAGAAUCAGGAUGAAGUGGUAAAUCCAAGCAGACACAGCUGCACUUUAGUUUCAACAGGGCAAAGGAAAUCUUUGUGUGCUUUUAUUCAGAGUGUUAUUGGAGAAACGCAGUUGCUAUGGAUUGGACUGACAACCACAUUCCCUGAAAACAAAUUGACCUGGGUGGAUGGUUCCUCCCUAGAUGAAAAACAAUUACAAGAACUGGGUCCAGUUGAAGCAAACAGCUGUGGGAUGCUGAAUGGACAUCAGUUUAUAAUGGAGGCCUGCAGUACUGUGACCACAUGGGUUUGUGAAACAGAGGCUUUCGAUAUAAGUGGUAACUGGGGCUGAACCAAAGUUCUAUGUUGGACCUUUUUCACUUAACUUUCUGGGUCAAGGGAACAUGGCAAAAAGUAAGCUAGCUCUUUUUUGGGGAAUGAGAAAUAAAAUCUAUAUGUUUAUCACUGUAUGGAAAAGCAUAGCCUUCUUGCAUCAUCAUUUACUCCCUGUCUAUAAAUACCACACAAUAUAAAUUAAACAAACAUUAAUAGAUUUCUGGCAGAUUCAGAUACAUGCCUUGGAGAAGUCAAGAGGAAAUCAUACAGGAUUUCCUUACAUAAUUUAAUGCAGACAUCUUGUAGCCUUGCAACCAUUUCUAGAAUAACUUGAAAGUUGCUUUUUCCACUACUUUAGUAUUUAUAAUUUAGUUUUGAGGUCCCCCAUUUUAUUGUUACAGUAGAGUCUCACUUAUCCAACAUAAAUGUGCUGGCAGAACGUUGGAAAAGUGAAUAUGUUGGAUAAUAAGGAGGGAUUAAGGAAAAGCCUAUUAAACAUCAAAUUAUAUUAUGAUUUUACAAAUUAAGCACCAAAAUAUCAUGUUAUACAACAUAUUUGACAGAAAAAGUAAUUCAAUACACACUAAUGCUAUGUAGUAAUUACUGUAUUUACAAAUUUAGCACCAAAAUAUCACAAUGUAUUGAAAACAUUGACUACAAAAAUGCAUUGGAUAAUCCAGAACGUUGGAUAAGCGAGUGUAGGAUAAGUGAGACUCUACUGUAUUUUAAUAUUAGAGAUUUUUUGUUUUUGUAUAUGAUUUGUGAUGGCAGAUUUCCUAAAGGAGGGAUAAAUAUUUAUGCAUGAA